AUGGUAAACUACAGAAACAGGUGUCGCACUGAGCUCGAGCGAUACUGUCAGGAAUUUUAUGCUCAUAACAGGGCAGCACAGCAUCUAGCAAACGACAUCUUGGAAGCAAACGGUGCCAAGGAACAGCAAAGGCAUGCUAGCUUUGAGCAGAAUUCGACUGGUCACCUUUCUGUAUCCACGGCCUACUAUACAGUGUCUGAUUCAUCAAAACAAUGCUGGGAAGAAGACAUGGUAGUUGACUAUUCAACUAUCGAUGAGUUUGAUUAUUCCAAUAUCCAACCUAACACUGAUGACUAUUUCAACAAAAUUUCUGAGGAGCCCAUCAGACAGAAACGAACAGCAGGGGAUGAUCCUUUGUGUGUUUGGCAUUCUGACACUGAACUUUUUCUCGAAGAAUUCAUUCGUUUGGAGGGCCGUGGAAGUGACACUCAGGAUACCUGCUGCUGCAGCAGUGAUGAAUCACCAUUGUAUAGAUGCAGGGAUUGCCAUGGUACUGAACUUUGGCAACUAUUUCACCGAAUUGAGUAUUGGAAUAGUUCUUUCUUUCAAAGGACAUCACUUAAGUCUCUUGGCCUACACAUUCAACUCGGACAUCGCAUUGGCAUUCGAUGCAACAACCCAAUUCCCGCUUCCAACAAUGAUUUUGUCGUCAUUGAUGUCAAUGGUGUCCAUGUCAUUGGGCUGGAUUUCUGUAGAUGCGAAGUUGCUCAUCCUCACGUCACCCAACUUUUACGAGUCCGCUUGUUUCCUGCAACAACCGUCAGGCCCAAGACCGCUGCGACUUUCUGUGCACUCGAAUACUUUCAAAUCCUAUCUUUUGAGUCAAAGUCAUCUGCCCUCCAGUUUUAUCACACUAUUGUACGUUUGACCGACAAUACAGGCAUCCACAUUCCCAAGGAUCACUAUGAAUCUCUUCUAUGCAUGAUGCGUGAAUGGUGUUUCUUGAAGCAAAUGAAACAGUUUGGCCAGGGACAUCAUCCUGAAAGCAUGACUUCCAUGCAACCUGGUGCAUGUGUGGUGCUGUGUCCAGCUUUCCCCCAUCCUGGAAAGAACUUGCCUGAUGAGUGGGUAAAUGCUCCACCUGAGUCAAAAUUCUUAUACACACUUUUUGUAGCAAUCAAUGCCAAUUUACGACUAGCUCGGCAUAAUGUUUCGUCAGACACUGUCGAUCCUGGACUCAAUCACAGUUACACAUUUUUUGUUGAAGAGACAGCAUUCAAGUCUUUUCUCAAUUUGCAUGAAUGCAUAAUUCAAGAGAAAAGCACAUGUUCGAGCCACAACACAGUCAAUAUGGCUGAUACAAAGGCGUCCCGUGGUCUUGCAGCAACAGGAGCUGGUACCAUUGACUGCGCACAACAUGACUUCAAAUGUCCGAACUCAGUCUGUGACUUACAGAAAGGUGAAAGGUACAUCAAUAUGGAUUACAUGUUUUUUUCUAGCAUGCUGUUGGCAUCUACCCUCCAAGUCAUCAAUAUUUCCUAUGACAUUGCAUGCCAAUGGAGCAAAAAACUCUGGACACGCAUGUCUGUAUUCCCUCAGCAGUACCACCUGGAUCACAACUCCAAAACUAUCACCUUUCUGGUUCCAAAGUUCCACCUCCCUGCAUACAUCUUAAGCUGUCAGACAACAUACUUGUUCAAUUUCAUCAAGGGGGUCGGGAGAACUGACAGCGAAGCACCGGAACGUGGAUGGGCUGAUAUCAACCCAGUCGCCACUAGUACUCGCAAGAUGGGUCCUGGCUCAAGGUGUGACACCCUCGACAACCACUUCAACGACUGGAAUUGGAAAAAAGUGUGCUUAAUGGGUAAAACUCUUACAUGCAAGGUCAAGGCUGCCUUGCCUGAGUGUCUUGAAUGCACCCGUGACUUAAAUGAGUUUGAGGCGGCACUUGAUCCCACCCAGUUAGCUUCUUGGAAGUGCGACAUUGAGGCUUGGGAGUCCGACCAUUCCCAACCAAAUCCCUUCGAACUCAAGGUCACUAUACUUCAAGCUGUCACCCAAGCAUCAGUUUGUUUAGCAUUGUCAAAAGCUGAAAGCGAUGAAAUGGAAUGUGGCACAAUUAUGUCUCUCCAUGAUGACAUAUCACUGUCAAUGCUCAUUUCGUCAGGGUUGGAACUCAAAGAUCAGCAGCAGCAUCUUGAGUUUGAAGGCCAUAACAUUGGACAACACCCCACAGAUUCUCAGCAGGCAACUCUCUUACAAUGCAUCAAUUCCCUCCGCCAACACAUUUACAUGUGGUCGUGUGUGCAACUGCUGUAUAUGCCAUGCGUGUCACGGCUGUGUUUGUCUGACAACAUUGCUAUGGAACUCAGAGUCCAUAACAUCAAUCUACUUCUCCCCUUGGCAAUACCUACUAGUCUACCCUGUGAGCACCGCUUGCUGGAGUUCAAGUGGGUUUUAUGGGAAGCACAGGCAAACAAUGCUAUAAACAACAUUCGCAAUGUUCUCAAUUUGAAGUACCACCUAUACAAGCACAAGGACAUGUUUAUUCGAGGCCAACACGCAAAUACUCAAGCAACUGGCAUGAUCAACAAUGCCGACAAUCGAAUUGACACCCUCGCUGCCAAGUAUAAUGCAGCAAGGGAUGCGCUCAUCAAGCUGGCACCAAGGUUACAGAAGAACGAUGAGUGGCAACUCACUCUCAAGCCACUUGAUCGCACAAAGGAUGCUGUUCCUUUGACACAAGAUGAUGGGACCACUGUUGGCCAGCAACAAGUGUCUUGGAUUUGGAAGAUGCCCGGUGUCUCCAACAAUGCUGAAUAUGGCCUACAGGACUCACAUCAAUGGGAAGAAGAAGUGCAAAUGAAGAUAGCUAUCUGGUGGGAGGCGCAGAGCUCACAGCGUGUUUUCGGGUUGUCUGAGGCUGCGGAAGGCGCAGCUGCAUAUGCACAUCGCCAGGCAUCGCUGCGGUGA